GGCUGACCUUCUCCUCUUCAAGCUCAAGAUGCCGCUCUUUGGGAACACAUUCAGCCCGAAGAAGACACCUCCUCGGAAGUCAGCUUCUCUAUCCAACCUUCACUCUUUGGACCGGUCCACCCGGGAGGUGGAGCUGGGCCUUGACUACGGAACGCCCACCAUGAACCUGGCAGGACAAAACCUCAAGUUUGAGAAUGGCCAGUGGAUAGCAGACACUGGGUUUAGUGCAGGUAUGGACCGGAGGGAGGCUCAGCGCCUUCGCAGGCGAAACCAGCAGCUGGAGGAAGAGAACAAUCUCUUGCGGCUGAAAGUGGACAUCCUGCUAGACAUGCUCUCUGAGACCACUGCCGAAUCCCACCUGAUGGAGAAGGAGCUGGAUGAACUGAAGAGUGUCAGCAGGAGGAGGAAAUGA